UAACAUUUAAAGGAUAUAUAUACUACUAGAAUAUAUAUAGAAAUAUCUAGUUAGGAUGGCUCCACCACACAAGAACCACCACCAACGUCCAGAGAACGUCUUAAAGCGUGCUGAGGACUUGAUCGCUGUCGGUCAACCAGAUGCUGCUUUGGAAGCUCUUUAUGAGUUGAUCACCGCUAAGAGAUCUCGUUACUCCCCAGUGGAAGAAUUGGAACCAAUCGGAUUGUUGCUCAUUGAACUUGCUGUUGACUUACGUAAGGGUAAGUUGGCCAAGGAUGCCUUGCACCAAUAUAAGAAGAAUGUUCAAAACACUGAAAAUGGUUUAGAAUCCGUUCAAGUUGUGGUUAGAAAGUUUGUUCAAUUAGCUGAAAAGAAGUUGGAUGAAGCUCAAACUAAGGCUGACACCAAGAACGACCAAGAUGAAGGUGAAGAUGACUUGGAUGCUGCGCAAUCUCCAGAAUCUAUUUUACUUUCUGCUGUUUCUAACGCUGACAGUGCUGACCGUACUGAACGUGAAUUGGUUACUCCAUGGUUAAGAUUCCUUUGGGAAGCUCUUCGUGCUACCUUGGAUAUCUUGAGAAACAACUCCAAGUUGGAAGUUACUUACUCUGCUAUUGUUAACCAAGCUUUCCAAUUUUGUUUGAAGUUUGGCCGUAAGGCUGAAUUCAGAAGAUUAUGUGAAUUGUUAAGAACUCACAUGCAAUCUCUUACUACUCAACAACCACAAAAGCCAACUUACACUAGUCAAAACGCCAUUGAUUUAUCUGACAGUGAAACCGUUCAACGUUAUUUGGAUCAAAGAUUCUCCCAAUUGAACAUUUCCGUUAAAUUAGAAUUAUGGCAAGAAUCUUUCAGAUCAGUUGAUGACGUUCACACUUUGAUCACUGCAUCUAAGAAGGCUCCAAAGCCAGUUAUGAUGGCCAACUAUUAUGAAAACUUGGCUAGAAUCUUUGCUGUCAGUGACAAUGCUUUGUUCCAUGCUGCUGCUUGGAAUAAGUUUUUCAACUUGUAUUCUCAAUCUCCAAAUGCUACUGAUGAAGAAUUAAGCCAUUAUGCAUCCAUUUUAGUUUUAUCUACUUUGGCUAUUCCUCAAAAGUCUGCUACCAAUGAAACCAUUGUUGAUGACCAAAGAGCCAAGAAUGCUAAGCUUUCAUCUCUUUUGAACUUGAACCAUGUUCCAACUAGAGACUCUUUAUUGAAGUCUAUCUUGAACAGAUCUAUCUUGUCAUUUGUUGACCCUUCAGUUAAGACUUUAUUCAAGGUUUUAGAAGAAGGUUGCUUCCACCCAUUAACCAUCAAGCAACAAGUUUCUGAUGUUUUCAAGGUUAUUUCUGAAGAUAAGGAUUACAAGCCAUACAUCAUUACUUUGACUGAAGUUAUCUUGAUCAGAUUAUUCCAACAAGUUAGUCAAGUUUAUGAAACUGUCAAGUUGGACUUUUUAGUUUCUCUUGGUAUUUUUGAAGGUACUGAAUACACUUUACUGCCAUUGGAAGUUGAAAAGUUGAUUGUUACCGCUGCUAAGGAUGGUCAUUUGACUUUAACCAUUGACCAUGAAACUGAUGUUGUUGUUUUCAAGUCUGAUCCAUUUGAAGAUUCAUUCACUGAACCAGCUACCAACCUUGAAACCAAGUUACAAAUCUCUCCAGCUGAGCUUGUUAGAACUCAAUUAUCUAAGUUGGCUGCCACUUUAGCUAGUACCACCAAGAUCAUUGAUCCAGAAUAUGAAUCUCGUUUACAAUACAACCGUGAGUUGGCUUUACAAAAUGCUUAUGCCAACAUGGUUGCUGAACAAGAAGCUUAUGCCAACAGAAAGGUCAUUAUGGAAGAACGUAAGCGUCUUGCCGAUAAGUUGAAGCGUGAACAAGAAGAAGAAGCCGCCAAGUUGAGAGCUGAAAAGUUGAUCGCUGAACAAAAGGCUGAACAAGAAAGAAUGAUUGCUGAACAAGAAAGAAGAAACGCUGAAAAGUUGGAAAGAGAAAGAGAAGCAGUCAGACAACAAGAAAAGAAGAAGAUUGCUGAAGAAAUCAACGCCAAGGGUAUUAUUAAGAUUGACUUGAACAAUUUGGAUGACUUGGAUACUGACAAGUUGAGAAACAUGCAAAUUGAACAAUUGAGUAAGGAUAAGAAGUUAUUAGAAGAACGUUUGAAAUCUUUGUCUAAGAAGGUUGAUCACACUGAAAGAGCCUUCAGAAGAUUUGAAUUACAAUACUUAGAAAAGGAUGCUGAAGCUCAAAAAUCCGAAGACUUGAAGGAUUACGAAACCAUGAAGAACGCUAAGAUUGCCAAGGCCAAGAAGGAACACGAAGAAGCCUUAGCAUUGAAGGGCCGUUUGGUUAGAGUUGUUCCAGACUUUGCUGCUUUCAAGUCUAUUAUUGAUGAAAAGAACUCCUCCAAGUUGGAAGAAUUGAAGAAGAGAGCCGCUAAGGAACUUGAACAAGCCAAGAAGGAAAGACUUGAAAGAGUCAAGGCUCAACGUCUUGAUGAAUUAAGAUACCAAAAGGAACAAGAAUUCAUUGCCAACGAAGAAGCUGAAAGAAAAAGAAAGCAAGCCGAACAAAUGGCCAAGUUGAAGGAAGAAAUGAGACUUCAAAAGGAAAAGGAUGCCGAAGCUUUGAAGAAGAGAGCUGCCAUGGAAGCCGAACUUGCUGCCAGGCAAGGCGGAGCAGGUGGUGCUUACAGACCACCAUCUGCCUCUAACCCAAGAGUUCCAGCUGCUGCUCCAUCCCCAGCUCCAGCCGCUGCUGCUCCAGCCAAGCAAUUGACUUUUGCUGAAAAGAUGAGAUUGAAGAGAGAAGGUAAGCUUCAAUAGGUGUGAUAGACUUUUAUAG